AUGGAAGAGCUCACUAAGAAAUACUUUGAUGACUUAUUAUCACGAUCAUUUUUUCAAAGAUCAAGAUUUGGGAAUUCACAGUUCACAAUGCAUGAUCUCAUCAAUGACUUAGCUAUGUCUGUGUCAAGGGAAUCCUAUUUGAGAUGGGAAGGGGGUGAAUCACAUGAAGUUUUGAAAGGAGUUCGGCAUUUGUCGUAUGCUAGAGGGCAUUUUGAUAGUGCUGCGAAAUUUGAGCCAUUAUAUGAGGUUAAGCAUUUGCGAACCUUCCUACCUCUAAGAUUAGAACAUGCUUGGCGUAAUUACAUAAGUAAAAGGGUUUUACAUGAGUUAGUCCCAUCUCUGUUAUGUUUACGGGUGCUAACGUUGUCACACUAUAAAAAUAUCAUUGAGUUACCCGAUUCUAUUGGUAAACUCAUUCAUUUGCGCUACUUGGAUCUCUCAAAUACUGCAAUCAAGAGGUUACCUUCCACAGUUUGCACUCUCUACAGUCUACAAACAUUACUGUUAUCAUAUUGUUUCUCUCUAAUUGAAUUGCCUAUAGACAUGAGGAAAUUGAUUAACUUGAGGCAUCUUGAUUUUAGUGGAACACAAAUUCAAGAGAUGCCGGUGCAAAUGGGUAGACUAAAAAGUUUGAGAACAUUGACUACUUUUUGUGUGGGGAAAUCUAAUGGGUCGACUAUUGGAGAAUUGAGGGAGUUGUCUCAUCUUGAAGGAAAACUUUCUAUUUUGAAGCUUAAUAAUGUAGUUGAUGGUAGAGAUGCCUUGCAAGCUAAUUUGAAGAACAAGAAAGAUCUCAAGGAGUUAGAGUUGGCAUGGAGCUCCGAAGAUGCCGAUCAUUCUGAAAAGGGAGGAUUGCCCACUCCCAACCUGACUCAAUUGGACUUCUACAAAUGCGAUAAGUUAAAGUCAUUACCUGAACGCAUUCACACCCUCACAGCCCUUCAAUAUUUGUCUAUAAGAAAUCUUCCAAAUCUGGAGUCAAUUGCAGAAGAUGGGGGUUUGCCUCCCAACCUCCGAUCUUUUAGCAUUCGUAAUUGUGAGAGACUGAGGGCUUCAUCUUCAAUAGUGGGAGACUACUGUAACUGGGGUUUGCAAGCACUUGUCUCCCUUGACCGAUUUGAAAUUGGUGGCAGGGGAAGUGAUGAAAUCUUGGAGACGUUGCUCAAGCAACAGCUGCUCCCAACCACUCUUCACUAUCUCAGCAUCGAGGAACUUUCAACUCUGAAAUCUUUGGAUGGAAAGGGACUUGCACAGCUCACUUCUCUUCGAGAACUAUUUAUUUCUAGGUGUGACAGUCUGGAAUUCCUUCCAGGAGAGGCACUUCAACACCUCACUUCUCUUCAAGAGCUAUAUAUUUCCAAUUGUCCGAGUCUCCAAUUCCUGCCAGAAGAGGGUUUGCCGCCAUCUCUUUCUUAUCUGAAGAUCUUCAGAUGUUCUGCCCUGGAGAAAAGGUAUCAGAAUAAGACGGGACAAGAUCAUUGGGCCAGCAUAUCUCACAUUCCAUGCAUCGAGAUAAAUGAUGAAGUCAUCAUAUGA